GAAAUGUCAUUGUCAUUGAUGUAACCAAACUCCAAACUUCGUGGAAGUCAAGAAUUGUUUUGAUGGAUUUAUCGGGAUUUUUGAAUUAAUUUAUUUCAUUACUUCAAUACAAAAUUAUAAAUAUGUUAGCAUCACCUUCAAACAACACAAAUAACAACAAUUCUUACUCCAAUGACAGAGGGUCUAGCUUUGAGGCAGAAUAUGCUGUUGACCCUGCAUCUGGAGGGUUUUUUCAUGCUGAUUUCAAAAAACAUGAUGAUCUGAAAGAAAUGUUGGAUUCCAGUAAAGACAGUUUAAAAUUGGAAGCAAUGAAAAGAAUUAUUGGGAUGGUUGCAAAAGGUCGAGAUGCUUCCGUAUUAUUUCCAGCUGUUGUGAAAAAUGUGGUAUCAAAGAAUAUUGAAAUUAAAAAGUUGGUGUACGUGUACCUAGAGAGAUAUGCAGAGGAACAACAAGACCUAGCUUUGUUAUCUAUUUCAACUUUUCAGAGAGCAUUAAAAGAACCAAAUCAGUUGAUAAGAGCUGGAGCAUUAAGAGUCUUGUCAAGCAUUAGAGUUAAAAUGAUAUCGCCAAUAGUUAUGUUAGCUAUCCGAGAUGCUUCAUCUGAUAUGUCUCCAUAUGUUCGAAAAACAGCAGCUCAUGCUAUACCUAAAUUAAAUUCAUUGGACCAAGAACUGAAACCUGAAUUGGUAACUAUAAUUCAAAAAUUAUUAGCUGAUAAGACAGUACUUGUGAUAGGAUCUGCUGUAAUGGCAUUUACAGAGGUUUGUCCAGAACGGGUGGAUUUAAUCCAUCAAGUCUUCAGAAAACUGUGUGCCUUGCUUGUUGAUGUUGAUGAAUGGGGACAAGUUACAAUUGUAAACAUGCUGACCCGAUAUGCUAGAAGUCAGUUUGCUGAUCCAAAUCUUCAUGGCAAUUCAAAUAACUCCAAUGGAGAAUUCUAUGACUCAGGAUCAGAUACAUCAGAAAAACACAUCCCUAGUUUAGAUCCAGACCAUCGUUUGCUCCUGCGUUCUACCAGACCUUUACUGCAAUCAAGGAAUGCUGCAGUUGUGAUGUCAGUGGCCCAACUAUAUCACCAUGCAUCACCUAAAAGUGAAAGUAUGCUAGCUGCCAAGUCAUUAGUUCGGUUCUUACGCUCCCAUGUCGAAGUGCAGAGUGUUAUUCUGAACGCAAUCGCUUCAAUUAGUAUGAAAAACAAGGCGAUGUUUGAGCCGUACCUCAAGAGUUUUUUUGUUAGAACUUCUGACCCAACGAAUAUAAAGUUGCUGAAGUUGGAAAUUUUGACGAAUCUCACAACAGAUACAAAUGUUUCUGUUAUAUUGAGAGAAUUGCAGACAUAUAUUUCUAAUAGUGACAAACAUUUUGUUGCUGCUACUAUCCAAGCUAUUGGAAGGUGUGCUUGUUCCAUUUCAGAAGUCACUGAUUCCUGCCUUAGUGGAUUAGUUUCAUUAUUGUCAAACAGAGAUGAGGCUGUAGUUGCAGAAAGUGUUGUCGUUAUCAAAAGACUUCUGCAGACUCAGGCAGCUGAUCCUAAAGAAAUCAUAACUCAUAUGGCAAGAUUGCUCGAUAGUAUUACAGUAGCUCAAGCCAGAGCUGCUAUUUUGUGGCUGUUGGGCGAACACUCUCAAAAGGUUCCACAAGUGGCCCCUGAUGUGUUAAGGAAAAUGGCCAAGACUUUUCCUGAUGAGGAUGAUAUUGUCAAAUUGCAAGUUAUGAAUCUAGCUAUGAAAUUGUAUAUAACGAAUCCUGACCAAACGUUCUUACUGUGCCAAUAUGUUUGUAAUUUGGCGAAAUAUGAUCAAAACUAUGAUAUCAGAGAUAAAGCUAGACUAUUCAAGCAUUUUAUACCUGCCCAGGAAGGAAAAAUCAAAUCUCAAGGGAGAAGAAUAUUCUUGGCCAGCAAACCUGCGCCUUUGUUGCAAAUUCAAGUGACAGAAAAUGAUGUACUACAGCUUGGAUCUUUAUCGCAUUACGUCAAACAAAGAGCUAAUGGUUACGAAGAUUUGCCAUCAUUUCCAACUAAUCCACCACCUGGCGAUGUAAGGAAUGUGGAACCUCUACCUGAAGAAGAGAAUGCCAAACCACACAAAAAUACUAAUAAAGAGGGGAAGGAAGGUUUUCUUUGGGCUUCAGAAGCUAGUUCUGCUGUUAAUAGCAGCAGUGAUGAAGAAUCGAGUAGUAGCUCUUCUAGUGAAAGUAGUAGUGGCUCUGAGUCCAGUGAGGAGGAAUCUUCUGAGGAAGUGGAAGAAGAAACUGAUAGAAAAACCAGUGCAAGGUCCUCCUUAGAAGAAACUGAAUCUUUGAGUGAAGAUUUAUCUUCUGAAGAAGAAACGCCUGUCGAAGAUAUUGCUACAUAUAAUCCUAAAACUGCAGAAACAAUUUCCACCAGUGCCCAAAUAAUAACAACCAAAAAGUCAAACUUAGAUCUUUUAUUGGAUUUGGAAGACGUUGGCAAUGCUGUACCUGUCUUGACCCCAUCUUUGGGAGGAUUCUUCACUCCAGGUACUCCCCGUGAUAUGCCUUCCGUUAUUCAGUCUGUUCAACCUCUUUUCACUAAUACAAAGCCAAUUGAGUUGUUGAAUCGAAUAAAUGGAAGAGGUUUGGCUGCAACUUAUAGAUUCACUAGGAGUCCUCAUCUGUAUUCGCCUAGCAUGACUAAUAUUAAUAUUGUGUUUUCAAAUAAUUCUAAUGAAGAUAUAAAUGAUAUACGCAUUGGAAAAAAGAAUUUAGCAAAUGGGAUGAAUAUGCACGAGUUUGCCUGUAUUUCAAAAUUGCCUCCAAACUGCUCUCUUCCAGCUACUUUAGGUAUUGACUUCAAUGAUACGACGCAACCUGCAAAUUUUGAAAUUGUGUCUUCCUUAGGAAAUUUUAACGUUUCCAUCAAACCAAGUGUGGGAGAACUUCUCAGACCAGUCCAAAUGGACAAAAAUCUAUUCAUUGAACAUCAGUCGAGACUGCGUGGUAUGACUGAACAUUCCAGUGCUGUGUCUCAAAAUAUUUCCAAUAUUGUUGAGAAAAUGCAAGAAAUUACCAAUUUAGGACCAUGUGAUAAUUCCGAUCCUGACUACUUUAGGUUUGCUGGCCAAACCAUGACUUCUGCCAGUUUGAUACUAGUUACUUUUCAAAAUGGCAAUGCCCCAGUGUUGACAGUAAGUUGUGAAAAUAUGGUUUUUGGAUCGGUCCUGCUCAGUGAAUUGAUUACCAAUAUUUCUCUUUAGGUACUUGUUGACUAUGUUAAUGUUACUGAUAAUUUGUAUUCGAUUAUGAAGUACUUUAUUGUGUUGUAAUAUUGAUUUAGAGUUUGUUUUAUAUUAUAUCCUUUAUAUAUGAAUA